AAUUCCACGGAUUUGUCGGAUCAUGAUAUAAAUAUGUAUAAAUCUGUUGCAACUAAUCCAAAACUUAUUCCACGAAAUCCAAUUAUCAAAUUAUCAAAUACUUUAUUGUCUACAUCUAUUAUUUCAAAUCCAAAACAAGUUAUCAUAGAAACUGACAAAGAUUGUAAAGGAUUUGGGCUUAUCUUUGAAAUUCUCAGAGAAUUUGGAGUGAAAUUUAAUGAAUUUACGGUUAAAAUUAAAAAUCAUAUCAAAAAAGUUUCCAAAAAAAUUGAAGAUAAAGUUAAAGAAUUUAUUAUUAAUCAGAAAAGAGAUGUAACGAGUUAUACACCAAAGAUAAUAAUUUUUCCUUCCUCUCAUAAUGGAAUUCCCGGUAUAAGAGAACAAUAUAAUGGGAAUAUUAAUAUUCUUAAAACCUCAACUCUAAGUCUAACAUUAUUAAGUAAUGAAGAUAGUGAUAAAUUAAUUGAAAUUGCAAAUGAAAUUACCUAUGUAGAAAUAACAACAGAUCAAGGUCCAUGGAUAACAUUUUUGAAAGGUCAACCUUGGAAAACCUUUUCAAUUAUAUUGGGCGUAUUUUAUUUAUUGUUUGCUAUGCUUAUGAUGUUCUUAUUUCCAAGAACAUAUAUGAAUUUGGGUUGUGCUUUGCUUAAUCCAAAAUUUUGGGUUUAUCCAGGGUUAGGAAUUACUUGUGCAUGUUCAUUCGUAAUUCUUGAAAUAGAUCCUGGUGAUAUUGAACAAGAUAAAAUUUCAAUAUUUACAAGAGAAAUUUUAUGUGACAUAAAAAGUUUUUUUCUUACAAUAUCAUACACAAUAUUACACAUUUCAUGGAAAACUGUAUCCAAAAAGAUAUGUAUAGAAAAACGAUAUUAUUCAUUUCCUAUCAUUCACACUAUCUAUAAGAUUAUUCAACCAAUAUCAGCUUUAACAUUUAUAGUAUGUUUCAUAUUACGUGCAGUUUAUGAAAGCAAAUCAAAGUUAAUGACAAUAAAUUUAUUGAGAAUUGCGUAUAUUAUGGAAUCAAUUGCUUUAGGAUUAAUUGGAUUAGGAUUAUUUUUGUUUGGAACUUUUAUAAUUUUGGCAUUGAAGAGAUUACAAAGAACUGAAAGAAAUAAUUAUUUAAAGAUCCUAUUUAUAACAUUACUCCUGGUAAUCUCGAUCGUCUUUUAUAUCGGAAGUAAAUAUUUUACAUUUUUGGUACUUACAGUUGAAAAUUUUAAAUUAGAUCAGAUUUCGAAUAAUGUUAUGAUAGUAUUUUGUUGUUUAACAAUGAUUUUUGUUCUCGAAGAUAAACUUAUUGGACAUUACUUACCAUCGAACAGAGAUGAUAUUUUAAAUCCUCCUAAUUUAAUUGCUUUAACUUUAAUAACAUCAUCAGAUGUACCUUCCCAACCUCCUCCACAAUCACCAGUAACUGAUACAACUUUAGUAGCCAAUAGUGAUGAAGUCAUCACGAAUGUUUAAAACAUAUUAUGUAAUUAGUUAUUAUUUAUUUAUUAAUUUAUUUAUU